AUGGAGCAGGGCAGAGAGACCUUCUACUGUGACGAGGACACAUUUGGCAAUGUCUAUCAAAUGAUGACAACUCUGGGACGAGGAGCCUUUGCCAUAGUCAAACUGGCCUUUCACGUGUCCACUGUCAGCUACGUGGCUGUGAAGAUUCUGGCAAAUGUGAAGGGGAACUCUGCCCGGAACAACAAUGAGGUUGAUAUAAUGAGAUCCCUCGUUCAUCCGCACAUAAUCAAGUUCUUUCAGGAGGUGCAGACACGGGAGAUGACGUAUCUCAUAAUGGAUUACGCCUCAAAGGGGGACCUGUUGCGUCAGAUUCGCAAACCGGGAGGCUUACAGGAGUGCGAGGCUCGAAGGCUGUUUGCACAGGUAGUACAGGCAGUGAAGUACUGCCACGACAACUGUAUCGUCCACAGGGACAUUAAGCCAAAUAACAUCUUGAUCGACGCCUCUGGGAAUGCCAAGCUCUGUGAUUUUGGCCUGGCAGUCAGAGUUGUCCCUGGGACAAAACUAAAGACUUUCUGCGGCACUCUGGCCUACUGUGCCCCGGAACUCUUCGGAGUGGAGCCAUAUGAUGGUUACAUGAUGAGGACAUGGCAAAGCUGGGCAUGUUGCUGCAGGAUCGGGAAGGCUGAGAACCGCUGGGCAAGCAGUGAGGCCAGCUGA